UCACUGUCAAUGUUAAAACAAGACAGGUACAUCGAAACUACGCUCACAUGUUUUUGAUAUUUUGUAAACACGUUAUGUUAUAUUGUUGAAUUCUAUUGUGAAUAAUUAAUAUUUAAGUUAUAUUAAUCAAAAUGUUUAAAAUACCUGAGUGGGAGGCUAACGUACCCGCAUCAAAUUUGGACUUUUUAGAGGAAAUAAAAAAAAACAAAUCCAAGCAGAAUCAUAAAAAACAUGUUAAAAAAGAAAGUAGUGAAAACAAUAACAAUGAAGUUAAUAAACCAAAUGAAAUUGCCCGUCCACAAAAAAAUAAAAAGGUUAAGAAACCACCUAUAACAUCGAAUGGUAUAGUUAAAAAAAAUAAUUCAUUAAUAAAACAACCUUCCCCAAUUAAAGAUAGACCUCAAAUUAAGAAUAUUGUUAAAAAGAUUAACAAAAAACAGACUAAUUUAGUAAAAAAUCGAAGUGAAAAUUGUUUAAAUACAAAAGUAGUAGGAAGCAAACGACCUCAUGAAAGCAACUUAAAUGAAAUAAAACCUUCCUUAAAUGACAGCCUUGAAAUGGAAAAUUUUGACACGGACAAACUUGAUGAAGCUAUACUGAAUGCUAAAAAGCGGAAAUUAAAAAAGAAUAAGCAUGAAGAAGAAAAAGAUGUGGAAGAGACAUUUAUAGAGGAAAAGCCACCUUCAAAAGAGGAACGUAAAAAACAAAUGUUAAGGAACAUUUUACAAAAACAAAGUCAUAGAAAUACAUUAAAAGUUAAUUCUAACAAUUUGAGGGAACGAAUGUUGCAGCGACUUAAAGCUGCUCAAUUCAGGUAUUUAAAUGAAAAGCUGUACACAUCAUCGGGUUCAGAUGCCAAAAAGCUAUUCGAGGAGGAUCCCAAUGCAUUCCAAACAUACCACGAGGGCUAUCAGCAGCAAGUAAAGAAGUGGCCGGUGAAACCUCUCGAUGUUAUUGUGAAGAGAAUUUUAAAAAUGCCGAAAUCCCAUCUAAUAGCCGACAUGGGGUGUGGAGAGGGUGCCCUCUCGCGCCGAGUGCCGCAGACAGUGAGAUCAUUCGACCUGGUGGCGUUUAACGCGAAUGUAGAAGUGUGCGACAUUGCGCACACGCCGCUACUGGUCAGCUCAGUGCAUGUCGCGGUUUAUUGUCUAGCGCUCAUGGGCACGGAAUUGACUCAGUUCAUUGUGGAAGCUAAUAGGGUUCUGAAGAAAGGCGGGCAUUUAUUAAUAGCAGAAGUGGAGAGCCGUUUCGACGAUGUAGACAAAUUCAUAAACGACGUGCAAAGAAUUGGCUUUUCGCUGAAGAAUUUGGAUAAAAGCAACGAUGUGUUUUACUUCAUGGAGUUCACUAAAGUCAAUGAGCCGCCGAAGAAGAACAAAUUACCGUUUUUGUCGUUGAAACCGUGUUUCUAUAAGAAGCGAUGAAUAAAUUAUUUUUUUAAUGAU